AUGGACGACGCCGCCGUGGCCGUGGCCUCCGCCAACUGCCGCUGCAGCCGCAUGGUCUACGUCGGCAACAUCGCCUUCAACGCCACCGAGGAGGAGGCCCGCGGCGCGUGCGAGCUGAUCGGCCCCGUCCUCUCCAUGCGCCUCGCCACCGACGCCGCCACCGGCAAGCGCAAGGGCUACGCCUUCGUGGAGUACGCCGACGACGCGACGGCGCAGAGCGCCUGCCGCAACCUGCAGGGCCACCUCCUCCGCGGCCGGCCGCUGCGGGUCGGCCUCGCCGACAGCGACCGGGCGCGCCGGCGCAAGACCGAGAACGAGCCGGUCGGGCUGGAGGACGCCAUCCACGCCGCGUCUCUCGUCUCCGGGCGCCCGCCCGCGCCCUCCAUCACGCGGCUGCUGGCGACCGCGAGCAGGCACCAUCUGCGGGAGACGGUGUCGACGUUCGAGAGCAUGGGUGCUGAGGCCUGCAAGGCUCUCAAAGAGCAGGUCCCUGGGCUGGCGGAGGCGAUGGAGCAGGUGCAGCAUCUGCUCGACAUGGCGGCCGCGGAUGAUGCCGCCGAGGAAGCGAGGAGGAAGAAGCGGGCAGCGAGCGCCGCCGAAGAGUCCGAUGAUCAGCGCGCGAAGCUGAGGAAGGUGGAAGAUGGCGGGAAGGCUGCGGCCCGCCCAAUACUACCCUGCUUCUGA